UCCAAUGUUGUCAACUGUAUUCCAGAGUUCCGCUAUUGGCUCCUUGAUUUGUCGGUAUAUUACGUUUUUGCCGUUGCCGCGACGACGUCACAGCAUCAUUUUGCCUUGUUGCGGCACACAUGCAGUCAGUCCCCUUUCCUAGCGUUUUGCCUCCUCUCCCGCCGAACAUUCCUCCCCUUUUGUGCCUGUGUGUGGAUUGUUGCUGUCACUUCUGUUUGCGGCAGAAUAGAGUGGAAAAAGUCGCUAAAUGAUAUCAAAAUCAUAUAAACGCCAAAGACAGUCUGAAAAGUAGAUGAUUUUGUCGCUAGAAUCAUUUACCAAUAAAAAGUCGAUACCAAUAGCGACAACGUCGCUAAAUUAUCUGGUCUGCUAGCUAUGAUUGUCUUUAAAUUCCUUCAAUAAUCAUACCUCAAUGCAAUGUCCUUGCUAAAUGGAAUCAUUGCGACGUCCCAAAUUGACAUUUUUGAAAUGGUUAGGUAAGGGUAUGGUUUAGGAUAAAAACAUCCCAAGGAUUCCAGGUAGAACUAACCGUGACUGCUGCAACCACCUCAGUGCCCGAUUUGAACAUUUUACUGUAGAUUUAAAGAUGACAGUGACAACAAAUAAAAUGAGUUCAACAACAAGAAAGCUGCUCAUGUAGGAAUAUUUGUAGAAGAUUGUCAUGGUCUGGAACUAGGAAUGCAGCAUUUUGUUUGUGCGUUGUAGGUAAACACUCAAUAGGCCUUCUCUUAGCCUUUCCCUGUGAGUGGUGAAUUCUUUAUGACACACCAUGGUCACUUUAGGAUUGAAUUACAGUUUGGGACAACUCAUGUGGGUAUUUGAUUUCACUGUUGCAACAACAGUUGCUCAGCCCUCACAGAUACCAGUGCAUAAUGUGGGAAGAGCCAAAGUCAUAACGGGAAGUAAAAUACAAAUUCAACAAACAUGUUUUAGACCGGGAGUAUGUGACUGUUAGGACAGAGAAGAUGUCUGUCCUAUCUCUCAAGUCCCUCUGCCUAGCAGAUAAUGACAGUCCAUCCUCUGCAGAAGACCUAGACCUGGAGGAUAAGUGGGAUACAGACCUGGAGGUUGAUGAGGUGAAAAAGACCAGAAAAGACACAUCGACUGCUGAGAUAUACCUGCAGGCCUGCAAGCUGGUCGGGGUGGUUCCUGUCUCCUACUUCCUCCGGAACCUGGGCACCUCCACCAUGAACCUCAACCACCAUGGCCUGGGACCUCCAGGGGGCAAGGCACUAGCCAUCGCCCUGGUGACUGACAUGCACAUCACCAAUCUGGAGUUGGCAGACAACUACCUGCUGGCUGAGGGAGCCAGAUACCUUCUAGAGAUGUUAAAGGCAAAUUUCACCAUUCAGCAUCUGGAUUUGUCCAACAAUCACCUACAGUCUGAAGGGGCUGAGUGCAUUACAAAAAUGUUGCUCGAUAACAUUUCCAUCAAAUCCAUCAAACUUUCAGGGAAUGGAUUCAUAGAGGACGAUGCUAAAAGUUUUGCAGAUGCCCUGGCAAGCAACUACAGAGUGAAGGAGCUGGACUUGAGCCACAAUCAGUUCUGUGGGAGAGGUGGGGAGCAUCUGGGCCAGAUGUUAGCAAACAAUGAAGCUCUGGAGGUACUAGACUUGAGCUGGAACCAUCUGAGAAUGAAAGGAGCUGUGGCUUUCUGUGCCGGCCUCAAGGUGAAUGUGACCCUGAAACACCUGGACCUGUCCUGGAAUGGCUUUGGGAAUGAGGGGGCCUUGGCUUUAGGAGAGGCUCUGAAAUUCAACAACACUCUGGUGUACCUGGACCUCAACAACAACCGCAUCACCAACGAGGGGGUGGGCAUGCUGUGCAAGGGGCUGGAGGCCAACGACACUCUCAGAGCACUGAUGCUGGCUUAUAACUCUCUGACAGUGGAGGGGGCGCUGGCUCUUGUUACUGUGGUCAAGAACACCCCCAAAACUGCUCUAGAGGAGAUCAACAUAUCCAAUGUGUUGGUGAAUGAGAACUUUGUGCAGCUGCUGGAUCUGACAUGCCAGGAGCAUCCCUCUCUAGAGGUGCAGUAUGCAGGGGUCGGGGGCUUUAUUGCUAAGAAACCACCCAAACGCCUUGACCCAAUGAAAGUAAUCCAGGAUUAUCUGGAUGAACGGAAGCUGCGUCUUUGGGACUUCUUUCGGAAAAUCGAUAAAGAUGGGACAAUGCGAGUGCCUGUGGCAGACUUCAGGAAGGCUGUGCAGCAAUCCAACAUCCCCUUGGAUCGAUACCAGAUUGAGGAGUUGAUUCAGAGACUGGAUCGUGAAAGGACAGGGAUGGUAGACUACAGGGGCCUGGCCGACACCAGGAAGCAGAUGAUGCGGGACCACCGGCGGCAGCUGCGUAAGGUGGAGUCCCGUCAGAAGAAAGAGAAGCAGAAGAGCGAGCGCAUCCUGAAGACCUUCCAGAGCGCCGUGGAGGCCAACACCCCCCGCAGCUCCAUGGUUAUGUCCCCAGGGGGCACCAAGGAGGACUCCAGUGGCCCCCAGCACUUCUCUGCCACCCCACUCAGCUCCUGGCACCACAUUGUCAUGUCCAACAGCAGCCGCUACUCUGUCACAAACCUGAGCAGUGAGCACAUCCACCUCCCCAUGCUAGGGGGCAGCACCCACCAACGGCCCACCAGUUCCCCCACCAUGCGCUCCUACUCCCAGCCCAACCUGAUAGAUGACUCCCAACGAUACCCCCAAUCCAAACCCUCCUCGGCCCAGGGGAUGCUCUCUGACUCCAACCCUGAUGUUGACCACACCAAGCUGAGCCCCAAUGCCAACCACCUGACCAGGUCCAGUCCAGCACUGAACUCCAAGCAGCCAGACACUAAAACCAAAACCACCAAAGUGAAGAAAAAAAAGAAACGCGUGGAUAAAACUCCACAUGAACAGAAUCAAACACAAUCAUCAAAGUGACUGCUGCUGCUGUGUCUUACUAUGCAGUAACCGCUCCACUGACCCAUCGUUAUACAGUGGGGCAAAAAAGUAUUUAGUCAGCCACCAAUUGUGCAAGUUCUC